AUUGCCACGUGUCUCUUUAUGUUCCAUGUUGUUCCUUAUCUCUCUCUCUCUCUCUCUCUCUCUCUCUCUCUCUCACUCUCUCUAGACAGACUCAUGAUUCAUGAAUAAAUGAAACCAACUAGUAUUACUAUCAUUCAUUCAUUCAUAAAAUGGAUUAUUAAAAAAAGUGCUUUAUCGGUUUCUAUGAAAGAGAGCUUUGCAUUUGUCCAUUUCUGUAUACAGAAUCACUUCCAAAAAUUGAUUCAAAAAUUGAACUAAGAACAGAAAAGAACAUUCUUUACACAACAAGUUAAGUUACUCACUCAAAAAAAAAAAUGAAUCUUGUUUUUCUGUUCAUUCACAUUUCUCUUUCCUCAACAAUUCUUCAUGCAAAUGCACAACCUCAAUCUCCAGGAAAUCAGGAGGUUAGAGUAGUGCACCACCAAAGUUUGAAUAAGAGAAUUCUAGUAGCACUAAUUGCUUGUGCUUCUCUUCUUGUUGGAAUCUUUCUGUUCUUAUUGUAUUUCUUCUUCCGUCGACAUAAAAACUUGAAAAGCUCCGCUAGUAAAAGCCAAGGAACCAUAGAGGCUGCAAAAGGGGAAAAGGAAACCUUAAGCUCUGUUAGUGCUAAACUUAACUACUCAAGAAUGGCUGAUAAGAAGAGUUCAAUUGCUAUUUUCGACUUUCAGUUGUUAGAGACUGCCACAAACAACUUUUCCACGGAUAAUAUUAUGGGAGAGAGUGGUUCUAGAAUUGUAUAUAGAGCUUGUUUUGAUGAACAUUUUCAGGCUGCUGUCAAGAAAGCAGACAGUGAUGCUGAUAGAGAAUUUGAGAAUGAAGUGAGUUUGUUGAGCAAAAUUCGGCAUCAGAAUAUCAUAAAACUCCUAGGCUAUUGUAUUCAUGGUGAAUCGAGGUUUCUUGUUUAUGAGUUCAUGGAGAGUGGUUCUUUGGAAACUCAAUUGCAUGGGCCUACUCGUGGAUCAUCUUUAACUUGGUAUAUCCGUUUAAGAAUUGCAAUUGAUGUUGCUAGAGCUUUAGAAUAUCUCCAUGAGCAUUCCAAUCCUCCUGUUGUUCAUCGAGACUUAAAAUCUUCCAAUGUUCUUCUGGAUUCUAAUUUUAAUGCUAAGCUAUCAGAUUUUGGACUUGCUGUAGCUUCUGGCAUGCAACACAAGAACAUGAAGAUGUCGGGAACUUUGGGAUAUGUGGCACCCGAGUACAUAUCACAUGGUAAACUAACCGAUAAGAGUGAUGUUUAUGCUUUUGGAGUUGUCCUUCUAGAACUUCUUACCGGAAGAAAACCAAUGGAGAACAUGUCCUCAGACCAAUACCAAUCUCUGGUUUCAUGGGCCAUGCCUCAACUAACUGACAGAUCAAAGCUUCCAAGUCUUCUAGAUCCUGUUAUCCAAAACACAAUGGAUUUGAAGCAUUUAUAUCAGGUUGCUGCAGUAGCUGUGCUAUGUGUGCAAGCAGAACCAAGUUAUAGACCACUUAUAACAGACGUUCUGCACUCUCUCAUUCCUUUGGUACCCUUAGAGCUUGGAGGGUCACUCAGAGUUACAGAACCAAUCAGCUCGGAAAAUUGUAAUUGAUUUUUAAAAACUGUUUUCUAUCGUAGUAUUUGAGCACUUUUGUUUCGCCAUUUUUGUUUUAAUUUAUUUCAAAGAGGAAUAUUCAAUUGCAGCCAUCUUGUUCCAGAUGGUCAUCCUUUUGUUUCUUAUAUGUGAUGUAACUAAGCAUGAAUUGAUUCCAUUUCGUUUUCGGACAAGGCAUGUAAAUUUUAAA